UCAGGAUCUGCUCCAGCAAACGGGAAGCAACGACGGCAGUUUGAGCUUUCAUUGAGAAUAAAAAGGGUGAAAGGCGAGACGAAAACGUAAAACGAACUGUCUUUGCCUCUCAGCCUCCAGCCAAGAUGAUCCACAGCCUGUUCUUAGUGAACGCCUCAGGGGACAUUUUCCUGGAGAAGCACUGGAAGAGCGUGGUCAGCCGCUCAGUGUGUGACUACUUCUUUGAGGCACAGGAGCGUGCCACUGAGCCGGAGAACGUCCCACCAGUGAUCCCCACACCACACCACUACCUUAUCAGUGUGCUCAGGCAUCGCAUCUACUUUGUGGCAGUCAUCCAGAGCGAGGUGCCGCCGCUCUUCGUCAUCGAGUUUCUGCACAGAGUUGUCGACACGUUCCAGGACUAUUUUGGAGUGUGUACAGAGGCUGCCAUCAAGGACAAUGUGGUAGUUGUCUAUGAACUACUGGAGGAGAUGCUGGACAACGGCUUUCCACUGGCCACAGAGUCCAACAUCCUCAAAGAGCUCAUUAAACCCCCCACCAUCCUCCGCACAAUGGUCAACACCAUCACAGGCAGCACCAACGUGGGUGAACAGCUCCCUACAGGCCAGCUGUCAGUGGUACCAUGGCGACGCACCGGGGUCAAAUACACCAACAACGAAGCUUAUUUUGAUGUGGUGGAGGAGAUCGAUGCUAUCAUUGAUAAAUCAGGCUCCACUAUUACAGCAGAAAUCCAGGGAGUUAUUGAUGCUUGUGUAAAACUGACAGGCAUGCCUGACCUUACCCUGUCAUUCAUGAAUCCUCGGCUGCUGGAUGAUGUGAGUUUCCACCCGUGUGUUCGGUUCAAGCGCUGGGAAGCCGAGCGGAUCCUCUCCUUCAUCCCCCCGGACGGAAACUUCCGUUUGCUCUCGUACCACGUCAGCUCGCAGAACUUGGUGGCAAUCCCAGUGUAUGUCAAGCACAACAUCACCUUCCGUGAGGGAAGCUCCCAGGGACGUUUUGACUUGACCCUGGGCCCCAAACAGACCAUGGGCAAGGCCGUGGAGUCGGUCCUAGUCAGCAGCCAGCUGCCCCGGGGCGUCCUCAACGCCAACCUCAACCCAUCCCAGGGAACAUACACCUUUGACCCAGUCACAAAGCUGUUGUCAUGGGAUGUUGGUAAGAUCAACCCACAGAAGCUCCCCAGUCUGAAAGGUACUAUGAGCCUGCAGGCCGGGGCCUCCAAACCUGACGAGAACCCCACCAUCAACAUCCAGUUCAAGAUCCAACAGAUGGCCAUCUCAGGGCUGAAGGUGAAUCGACUGGACAUGUAUGGUGAGAAAUAUAAACCUUUCAAAGGCAUCAAGUAUAUGACGAAGGCUGGCAAGUUUCAGGUCCGGACUUAAAGACUGCUUCUCUGUGACUACCAGACCAAACCACACUGAGACUGAGGGGUGGUGGUGGUGGUGGUGGUGGUGAUGUGAUGGGGGAAGGGGAGUUGGUACAUUCCCUAUGUAUAUGCAUUUCAGGAUUUACCUGCACAGACUGGAGGCUCCUUGUAGCAGCUGAAAAUGGACCAUUUCAUAUAUAGAUCUUUGUUGAAUUAAAAGCAUCAGAUGUCCAGUAAACAGGUUAGAGCUUUGACUGAAUCUACAGAGUUUGAAUCAAGUGUAAAAAAAAGCAUUUCCAUCUGUAUUCAAGCUGAACCCAGGCCAAACCCAGCUGAUCCACAUGUAUAUUACUCCUGAUCUGUACUUUAUUUAACCGAUUUUUUCACUGAUGAUUUGAAUCCUGAGCCCGAAUCAAACCAGAGCAGUUAGUUUACUAGUUUAUGUCGAUUCAAGCGCCACCAAGUUCAUACAGAAAUUUCAGAGUCUAACUAUCAAACAAACAAGACCAUGAUCUGCUGCUGUACUGUUUCAGCUGUUGGAGUCAGCUUUGAAAGUGAUCCGUCCUCCACUGUUCCACACAGGAUUUUAUUGUCUGUGUCAUGUUUGUCUAGACAGGUGUGUGCAGGUGACUAUUGUUUACACUCCAAACAAGAGAUAGUGGAUAUUGGACCAAUAGUAAAUUAAAAUAGAGCCCCACUAUCAUAAAAGGUGAUAGCAUGAUAGCUGUAUAGUAUGACAGCAUGUCAGAGGACCUGCAAGAUGAAACAACACAGUAAUACACUAAACUAAGCCAGUAGCUUAUAGCUGACAUUUCUUGCUGCAAGUCAGCUCUAGGGAAACCUAAAUGAAAGUUUAAAUGAUCCCAAAUUUUGCAGAACAGAUGAUAUAAUGUUAAUCUGUGUUCCAAAGGUUCCCCAUAGUGAGCUAGCUAACUAGUGAAAAUGACUAAUGUAUUUCUUAUACUCCUGUCUAAUUCCUCUUCCAGCGUUCAUCUGUUUUGUGUUUGCGUUUCUGUUUGUUCUAUAAUUUGAUGAAUUUGUCCACAGCACUGGAGUCAGCACACUGAUGUAUGAGAAUGUGAUACUGGAGCCGUCCUUAAUCAUUCACUUUCCCACCUGCUGGUACUAACACUGAAGCUGUUUAAGAUAUUUAUUACCAUGAUGGUUUCUGGGAGAAUUUCAGGUACAUGUUCACCUGUUUUUACUCAACUUAAAUUAUUAUUUAUUAAACAGUACAAACGAUUUGCACAAGUAAUAUCUUGUGUACAGCUGUUUCCCACUCCUGCUUUCUAUCAUUCAGUUCUUAAAAGCUUCAACUCUGCGGGAGCUUGUUACUUAACCAUUUUAUGGCCAAACAGUGCGGACAGUUUUCUCAGAAAUUUUACUUUUCAACAUAUCGAAACAUGACAAAGAUUUUUGACCCUGUUGAGAUUGGUGCUUAACGCUGUGAUCCAAAUUAUCCAAAACAAUUUUCUCAGUGCAUCGCAACCCUUAGAGACAGAGAAACUGCAUAAAUCUUAAUAUCUAUUUGUAUACAUCAUGUCAACAUAACAUUAUGAAUGUCACUAUGGCAACUGGGCAGAUCUGGAUAAUUCAGCAGGAGAGUCAGUGUGAUACAGAAAUGCCUCUGGGUCUGCUGAAAUCAGCUCACUGUCAGUUUCCUGCCUCUUCAUGUCACUGGCUAUAAACAGAAUGUGGUGUUAACAACUCAGAAUAUGAAUAUAUUAAACUAUGUAUUACAGUACGAUGGCCAUGGUAACGCAGAAGAAAUGCUGAAAGUUUGCAUUUUGUGUUUAUGGAAUUAUGUUUGUGUGUUUGUUAAACAGCCUCCAAUGGAGUGUUACACUGGUGUAAAAAUAAAGACUUGAUGUGUUAUAACU